CCAAACGUCAAGUCAAGUCCAAUACUGAAUCAAUUCAAUUUGAUAUCGGAGAAUUGUUUUAUUUAUUCUUAUUUCUUUGUCCGUGUAAAUAAUAUAUUGUGUUAAGUGGUUCGGUUAAAUCUCAUAACGCAGAUGAGCACCAGCACUCAUCUGCAUGAAGACUCCCAAUCUUCAGACGAGAAGAUGGACACCGGCUCCGAGUCUCAGCACACACCCAGCUCCCUCUCCGACUACGAAGACCCGGAGACCACAGACCCCGUCCUCCGCCUCCAAAACCCAGUCAACGAGAAUGAUAAUAAAAGCUUAAAUGAUAUUGAUAAUUUAAUUAAUAGUGUGAAUAAUUUAAAGAUCUCAAUAGAAAACUCAAAUAGACCGAAUAAUUUAAGUCUAAGUCCAAAAUUUAGCUUGACACUUACAUCUACAGUGGAUCAUCCGCUCAUGGGCUUAGCUAGUCCCGAUGAAAACUAUCCGGACUUAAUACCAAAGAGGACAGAUGAAAAGGAUUUAAGCUUAUCAAGUGUAGAAGAUGAAAAGAACGAAACUAACGGUUUUUACAGUCCCGAGAGAAAUACAAGUAAAAACAAUUUAUAUUUUAAUGAUAAUUUUACAACUGCAGAAAGUCAUAUUUUAAGUAACGCUUUAGAUGUAACUAGUCCCCCUGAUGUAGCGAAGAUUGAGAAGUUUCAGAGGAAUGUGGGCCGUAUGGGGGUUGAGAAUAAGGAGGAGAGUGUGAACAGGUUGGAGGUGUUGAGGGUGACUGGGCAGAGUACGCCAAAGAGGAAUGAGGAGAUUCAGGAGGUUGAAGAGUUUCAUUCAGGGGUGGCUGAAUGGUGCGAGUCGCCCGCACACAUACCGAGGCCCAAUUUCGACCUGCCCAUCGAGUUAAAGACCACCAUUAAACCACCAAAUGAUCUGGAUUCCCCUGACGUGGUGUCAUCAUCGCAGGAAGACCGGUCAGCAUACCAGGCCCUCUUGGACCCUUACACGGGUAGCGUAGCCCUACGCCCCACACCACAGGCGAGGAGCCCCGCGCAACGCCGCAGGAUACAACUGCCUCCAGACGAUGACCAGUGCAGUCUAGAUAGCUGCAGUGUGCACUCUUUGGAGUCCGAGGAGGAGCCCCCGGAGCCCGAGCCUGAGCCCGGGUACCACACACCAGUCGAACAGGAGCACAGCAGAAGGUCUACAAACACCGUCAGCUCAUGCAGCGCCAGCGAGCCCAUACCGGAAUACUCGGCCGCCGACGAGCUGAGGGACGAGCGGUCGUGGCUGAGUGUACCGCGGCCCGGCGGACCCGUCACCUGCGACAUGAAGGUGAUCGAGCCAUACAAGAGGGUGGUGUCGCACGGUGGGUACGACGCGUCCGGCUGUGCUCUAAUAGUGUUCAGCGCCUGCCACUUGCCUGACGUCAGUCGGACGGAUUACCACUACGUUAUGGACAAUCUAUUCCUAUACGUGAUAUGGACGCUGGAGCGACUGGUGCCUGAUAACUACAUCCUGGUAUAUCUGUACGGCAGCGCUGGACCAAGACGGCUGCCCACCAUACACUGGCUACGAGAAUAUUACAAGCUUAUAGACAGAAGAUUACGAAAGAGCUUGAAGCAUCUGUACUUAGUGCAUCCCACUUAUGGACUGAAGAUCUUCGUUGCAUUCACUAAAGCUUUCGUCAGCUCAAAAUUCUUCCGCAAACUGAGUUACGUGCGAAAUCUAACCGAGUUAAUGUCUCUAGUCCCUGUUGAGCCCAACGCUAUACCUGAAUUAGUGAAACAGUACGAUGCAGCCAAGCGGUAGACUUUGGGAGAUCUAGAGUAAAAAAAAAGGACAAGAAUUUCCAACUAUACUUACCCCUUUUUUUAAUUUAGAAUUUUUCUAACCUAAAAAGUAGUGGUAAUUAUUUUUUCUUCCGAAAUAGGGAAUAUUACGCGAAACUCUGCGUAGGGGGCGCCACUAACGCGAUCUGAGGGUCUAUCGCGAAACAAGAAGAUUUAAAUUUCGUUAUCUAACAUCUCUGUCACUUGUAUAUGCGAGCGAUAAAGAGGCAGAUAGUGAAAUUUCGGAUUCGCGUUUCCCGGUAGGUACUCUGUAAAUAAACCGCCUUGAUGCAUGUGUCAUAUUUUAUUAUCUCUGAAAACUUGUCAAAAACCUGUUAAAGGCACAGUAUGUAUAAGCAAAGAUAGAUAUAACUCCGUAAUAGAUGGAUACAGUCUAAGGAAAAAACGUGCCUCGAAAAUCACGAAAAUUUGAUUCUCGAUCAGAGGGCGCCACUAGUUUUGGCCUACUCUCGUAUAGAGGACGUUGACGGCUUCGUUUGUUAUUUAUAAUUUAAACGCAUAUCAGUGAAAGAACAUGGGUCAAAAUCAUAUAAAAAUAAUUAAUGCAAAUAAAAAAAAACAUUUAUCCAUAUUUAAAUACAUUUUAACGUAUUUUUAUAAAUCUUCAUUUUUAGCUUUAAAGUGUGUCGAUGACAGUGAAUUUAUAGCGGUUACAAAAUUUACUAUGACAGUACCACUCUAUCUUAUUAUAUCCUCUUUGGUAUAAGUUACUCUAUGGUUUACUAAAAACGCUAGUGCUGCACUCUGGUAAUAUCCCCUAUUCAAUUCAAUUCAAUCAAUUUAUUUCAGAUAUAAAUAUCCAUACGAUUGUUAGUAAUUACACAUUUGUGACGUUUUCAAUCAAAAGGUACCACAUUGUCGCUUAACAUAAGGACGAAAGUGGAUUGUAUCUUUAUACGAAUAACCUCUCAGAGCGUCCUUAUGUCAAGCGACAAUGUGGUACGUUUUGAUUGAAAACGACACAUUUACAAGACUUAUCAACUAUGGUUAGUAACAAUAGUAACAUAGUAUGUAAGUAAAUUAAAAAAUAAAAUAAAAAUUAAUAGUAUAAAAAGUUCUAUCUAACAUUGCGGUACAAUAAUAUAUACUCGACACUAUGAUUCAGUCUUAGAGUAACUUAUACUAGAGCGGUACUGUCAUAGUAAAUUUUGUAACCCCAGUAAAUUCACUGCCAUCUGUCGACACACUUUAAAACUAAAAAUGAAGAUUUAUAAAAAUACGAUAAAACGUAUUUAAAUACGGAUAAAUGUUUUUUUUAUUCGCAUUAAUUAUUUUUAUGAUUUUGACCCAUGUUCUUUCACUGAUAUGCGUUAAAAUUGUUAAAUAACAAACGAAACCGUCAACGCCAUCUAUACGACAGUAGGUCAAAGCUAGUAGCGCCCUCUGAACGAGAAUCAAAUCUUCUUGAUUUUCGAGGCACGUUUUUUCCUUAGACUGUAUCCAUCUAUUACGGAGUUAUAUCUAUCUUUGGUGCACUACUUUUGAGGUUAUAAAAAUUUAAUCUGAAAAAAAAAAACGCACUAUAUAAUAAGUAAAUCGCGCAAAAAUUGGUAUAGGUUUGGAACUUCUGACCUGAAGUAUCAUUUUGGUGUUAUUUUGCACCCCUGGCAAUGGCAUAUAAAUUAACAGUUUAUUUGAAUUUAGAUAUUUAAUUUCUUUAGACCAUUUUCUAUUUAAAAAAAAUCUGUAUUCGUUUAUUUAUGUACUUAAUAUAAUUUUAUUUAAAUGUCUUGUGUGCCGCCAGUGGAGUUCAACCUUGUGUCCAUAUUUAAAAAAAAGUACAUUAUAUUAUAAACAAUGAAACAUGUAUUUUUAGUGUAAUUAUAACUAGAAACAAUUUGAAAUUUUUGAUGUUAUGUUAGUUUGUGUGAUAUCUUAGCGUGAAUUUUUUUUUUUUUGAGUUUAGUUUCUCAAAAAGAGUUGUUAUGUAGCAGAGGUAUAUAGUUUAAGGAGAAAUUGCGCCCAUAGCUGCCGAAAUACAACAUAGAUGGCGCUAUAUGUUUUGUGGUAACUUUUUUGUCUAACGUCAACUUUUAACACACACUUUUUUCUUGUAUUUAAUACCUCUUUUACUUUUAAUAACUCGGUAACAUGAAGAAACGUCUUGCCAUUUUUUGUUAUUAUCCGUAUAUUAAUUUAGUAUUGUAUAGUAAAAUAAGGUUAAUUUGUGCCAUUUUUUUCGGAUAUUAGAAAAAAAGUGUAUUUUUUUAAUGUUGAUCAUUUGGAAUUUAACGAAUCAUUCCUAAAAAGUAUUAUUUUAUGUAACGAAUUUGACAUUUAGUUUAAAAAAUGGUAUUUGACAUUCCAUAUCAGUAAAUACGUAUAUGAAUAAUAAAAUUAAUUAAUAUUGGAUAGUAAAUGUUUAUAAAUGAUUUAUGUACUUUUGCAAUUGUACAAAAAAACCUAAAUUAAUGAUAAUUGUAUUAAAGUACUUGGUUACUAUUAAUUAUUUUUAUGAAAACAUUAUAAUAGGACCAAUUAAAGCAAUAUUUAAUAAAUUCAUAAUAAAACAAUGUAAAUUAUUAUCCACUAUAUAUUAAUAAUCAAGAAAUCAUGCUAUUCCUUUCUCUGCACAGCGCUAGAAAGAGACAAACUCUCCUAUCUCAAUCUCUAAUAACCUGUAGCGGCCCACCAUAUAAUAAUGAAUGGUAUUAGAAAAUAAUUUAAAAAUUUAUUUUGUUUUGAAAUCGUAUGAAAUAAAACAAAUGCAGCUCCGUUCCAUUUGAUAAUGAUUUAAAUUUCACUGAGCAUAAUUUGUACUCAUAUUAGGACAGUGGGACGCUAGAGGUUAUGAUACAAUAGUUUUGUAAGUGUGUUUUCCUGCCAAUAUUAUUAGCACAAUACUUUCGCAUACUUACUUCUCGUCUAGUAAAUUCGGUGAAAUGGGUGGAUAAUUUUUUUUUGUUUUUCUGUGCCGUCUGCCAGGUGAUAAUAUGGUUUUUUUCAAACUCGAAGGGUAGGCUGACACAUGUCAAAAUGCAAUAGGGAAUAUUACGCGAAACUCUGCGUAGGGGGCGCCACUACCACAAUCCAUCAUAAUCUGAGGGUCUGCCGCGAAACAAGAAAAUCUAAAUUUCGUUAUCCAACCUCUAUAUAACUCUAGUAGCGAGUUUGAAACGUUAUACUACGUUCUACUAAUAUACAUAUAUACUAAAUAGACGACCCAUUAUGGAAAGGACUUAUAACAAUUAUAACUGCCAUAAAAAUGUAUUUUUAUUGUUUUAAAACCAGGAUUUUAAGAGUGACCCAGGUGACAGUAACCUUUGCAACGACAAGAAAAAGUUGACUCACCCUAAUAUAAAUAUUUUAAUAUAAAAGACGUACCUGCUAUCUGUCCCUUACCUUAUUUAUACAUGUAAAUCAAUUCACUAAGAUAAUUUUAAGUUACAACUUGGAAUCUCUUUCCUGAAAAUGUUUAUUUUACUACAAAAAUACCAAACAACUUGUCUAUUUUAAUAAAAAUGUUACUUCUUAAGUUCUUAGUUUUAUCUGAUAUUUCUUUGCAUAUUAUAUUGUUGUUGAAAAAGUCUUUCUCUCCUAUUAUUACCAGAUCGGCGAGGGUGAGCUAUUGCCUUAUAAAAAAGUAUGGACACGAAAAAAUCUGGUCAUGGAAACAAAAUAUAGGUACGGUGGAAUAUAUAAUGCUGAAACUCACAAACAACUUAACGUUAUAUUAUGAUUGUAUUUUUAUUGUGUAGUUUGAUAUCCACAAAUCAUAAAAAAAGUGCUGUUUGAAAAUCCUCAUUCAUUUAACCUCGUAAGUCCCCGUGUACUUGUACAAGUACAAAUUAAACUCGAGUUUUGAACUCAUAUAGAAAUAAAAGAAUUAAAGUUCCAAAUUCAAAAGCGCUAAAAUUGCCCUGGGUCUUACGAGGAUAAAAGAUUUACCAUAUCAUACAUGACCAGAUUUUUUCGUGUCCAUACUUUAAUAUGAUGUAAGGCAUGUCAAAUUAUAAGGUAAAUAGCUCAACCCUCUGAUUAUUAUUCAUACAUAUUUUUAUACAUUUUCUAUUUUAAGAAUACGAAUAUGCCAUAAAACAUAAUAACUUGUUAGCCAUAAUAAUGUAUAUCAUGAUGAAACGAAAUCUAUAGAGUUGUUCGGAUGUUGUACCACUGCCGCUUUUUCACACUUAUAUAUUCUUUAACCUCGUAAGUCCCCGUGUACUUGUACAAGUACAAAUUAAAUUCGAGUUUUGAACUCAUAUAUAAAUAAAAGAAUUAAAUUAAAAGCGCUAAAAUUGCCCUGGGUCUUACGAGGCUAAGUGAACAUUUAAAAUAUAAGCAAAUAUAACAACGAAAUAGUCAUAAAUGUACAGAAUACAAAAAAAGAUUAUCUAAAUUGCAUCUAGUAUUUGGUGCCAUUCUGAUCUUUAAAGGACAUAUUCCAUUUUUAGCAAGUUAUUAAUUAAAAGCCUGAAUAGGUUAGUUACACUGAAGAUUCUUUGUUUCUACUUAAAACGUGAAUCAAAGGAAAAUCAACUCUAUUUUCCAAAUAAUUUGGUUUAAAUUUCAAUAAUACUGAGCUUACUUAAACUGAGUAUGGUGGCCAGGACGAGGAUAGAGUUCUGCACUAUAUGAUUUGUAACUUUUGGAAUUAAGAUGUGAUGUUGAAACUCUUUUUAACUGUUUACAUUUUAAGGCUACUACCAAUAAAGUCAGGACGCUGAGAACGAAGAAUUUCGUGGGCACAUUGACCCGCCAUGGCUUGGAAUCGGAACUGGUUUUUUCUUCAUACAAAAAAUACCUAGAUCUGUACGAUUUCACUCACUAUUGUUUUUAAUCGCUUUUGGCGACAUGUUUCGGAUUCGUCGGGAAUCCUUCCUCAGGUGCUCGUGUCCGUGGCGGCUGUACUCCGUGCACUGCCCUCGCCGCCCGUCUCGUCGCUCGUUGUGCGCGCGCUGAUGGAAGCUGAGGAAGGUGUCCCGACGAAUCCGAAACAUGUCGCCAAAAGCGAUUAAAAACAAUUAGUCGGUGAAACCGUACUGAUCUAAUUCUUUGGUUUAUUAUUUCAUGUUUAAUGGGACAAUUUAAUAAUACGAAGUUGUUACCUAAAUACAUGAUUCAGUCCUACGUAAAGAAUAUAAAAAAAUUAAAAAUAUUGGACUAUUUCGAGGUUUUUCAAAAAAAAACUGGCUCCGAGCCCUGGGUUCAACAUCGAGAUCAUCUAAAUUCUAAACUAGUCUGACUAAUGAAAGUUGAACAUGAAAAAAUUCCAUUCGACAGCGUGACGUGAUGACCUACGCGUUUGCGUUAAGUCUCAUUUUUAAUGGGAUUUUAAACAGCGCGCCAAGCGGGACGUUUUGGAAAUUCAAAAUCCCAUGUCGAAUGAAAUUUACGAGGUUCAGAAAGUUAGCCGCGGAAGCAAACGCCGGUUCGAUUCCGGCCCCGGCCACCGGAAGGGUUGGUCACUUUUUUUGGACUCCUCUGUAAUCUCAUUAUAAGUAUUUUUGUACAUAGUUUUAUUUUGCAUUUAAACGAUUUAUUUAAU